UUGUCACUUGUUAAAAUGGAGAUGUUGAGAAUCAUGAUAACAACAAUCUGUGUUGCUUUUUUGUUGGUAUAUACAUGGAAAGUGUUGAAUUGGGCAUGGUUUAAGCCAAUGAAACUUGAGAAAUACUUAAGAAAGAGUGGUCUUAAGGGAAAUCAAUACAAAUUACUCUAUGGAGAUUUGAAGGAAUUCACAGAAAGUGUCAUUGAAGCCAAAUCUAAGCCCAUCAAUUUCUCCGAUGAUAUAGCUCAAAGGCUCAUCCCCUUUUACCUUGAUUCCAUCAACAAAAAUGGUAAAAAUUCUUUUAUGCGGCUAGGCCCAUAUCCAGUAGUGUUGAUCACAGACCCUGAACAUGUAAAAGAGAUUUUCACAAAGAAUUAUGUGUAUCUAAAGCAAAAUCAUCCCAAUCCAAUGACCAAGUUAUUGGCUCAGGGUCUAGCAAAUAUUGAGGGAGACAAAUGGGCCAAACACAGAAAAAUUAUCAAUCCCGCCUUCCACGUAGAGAAGUUGAAGCAUAUGCUGCCAGCAUUUUAUGUGAGUUGUAGAGAAAUGCUAAGCAAAUGGGAGGAAAUUGUUCCAAAGGGAACAUCAUUCGAACUCGAUGUAUGGCCAGACCUUCAAAUAAUGUCCAGUGAAGUCAUAUCUCGUACAUCAUUUGGGAGUAGCUAUGAAGAAGGAAGAACAAUAUUUGAACUUCAGAACGAACAAGCUGAGUAUGUAAUCAGAAUAGCACGUUCAAUUCAUAUACCAGGAUCAAGGUUCUUGCCUACUAAAAUGAACAGAAGAAUGCUGAAAAUCGAAAAGGAAAUUCAAACGACAAUUAGGCGUAUCAUUGACAAAAGAUUGAGAGCGAUCGAAGGAGGGGAGACUAGUAAAGAUGACUUAUUGGGCAUAUUACUUGAAUCCAAUAUGAAAGAAAUUGAACUUCAUUGUAGAAAAGAUUUUGGAAUGACUAUAUCAGACGUGGUAGACGAGUGCAAAUUAUUCUAUUUUGCUGGACAAGAGACCACUUCAGUGUUACUCGUAUGGACAAUGAUUUUGCUCUGUUUACAUCCAGGGUGGCAAGUACGUGCCAGAGAGGAGGUGUUACAUGUCUUUGGAAAGAAUAAACCAGAUUUGGAAGGACUAAAUCGCUUGAAAAUUGUAACGAUGAUCUUGUACGAGACAUUAAGGCUAUUCCCUCCAUUGCCAUCAUCUGGUAGAAGGACUGAAGAGGAAGUGAAAUUGGGGGAGCUAAAUCUACCAGCAGGAGUGCAACUCAUUAUACCCACAAUCCUAUUACAUUAUGAUAAGGAGGUAUGGGGUGAAGACGCGAAGGAAUUCAAACCAGAGAGAUUCAGUGAAGGAGUGUCAAAGGCAAUGAAAGGACAAGUCUCGUUUAUCCCAUUUAGCUGGGGACCGCGUGUUUGCAUCGGACAAAACUUUGCAAUGAUGGAAGCAAAAAUGGCGAUAGCAAUGAUACUACAAAAGUUCUCCUUUGAACUCUCACCAUCAUAUACACAUGCUCCAUUUGCAAUAGUGACUAUUCAUCCUCAGUAUGGCGCUCCUCUGCUUAUGCGCAAGCUUUAA